AUGAGAGAGCAGUGCGUGCCAGAGACGUAUGUGAAGGUAGUGAAGGAAAUGUACAGAGGAGCAAUGACACAGGUGAGCAGUAGUGUGGGCAUGACAAAGGAGUUUCCAGUAAAAAUAGGGUUACAUCAAGGGUCUGCGCUUAGUCCCUACCUCUUUGACCUGAUUAGGGAUGUGCUGGUGAAAGAUGUGAAGAAGGAAGCGCCGUGGAAUAUGAUGUUGGCGGAUGAUGUGGUUCUUUGUGAGCAGAGCAUCGACAGACUUGAGGAAAAGCUGGAGGAUUGGAGGAAGGCUCUAGAAGAAAGAGGGAUGAAAAUUAGCAGGACAAAGUCAGAAUAUUUAUCACUGAAGGAUGUGCAGAUGAGGUCUUGCAAGAUCCAGGAUGAUGAGCUGAAAUCGGUCUACAUAUUUAAAUACCAGGGGUCGUACAUACAGAGGGACGGACGACUGGAAAGCGAGAUACAACACAGAAUAAAUGGCGGUUGGAACAACUGGAGGAAGUUGAGUGGAGUGAUGUGUGACAAGAAGCACCGUGUCCAGGAACCUGGUUUUCAUCCAAAUGUCGUUUCUGCAUUUGCAUGUAUCCCACCUUCAUCGUGA